AGUGUGUCACUUCGCGCCGCGCCGAGUCAGCGCUCGUUCGUUCCUCUCGGGAGCCGCCGCCGCCGCCGCCGUCGCACCGGUCAACGGUCCACCACGUUCUUCCGUAUAUCGUUCGACAACGGAUAUACUCGUCUCGUCGUACUUACAGCAGCAGCAGCAGAGUGAAUUGGUUAGUUGGUUCAGUGACGUUGAAAUCGGGUGUGCACGAGUGACACCUAUUAGUGCGUGCCAGCAGCGAGUGACUUGCAUAAAAUCGAGUGUGUAUAAACAAGUUUUGUGAAGAAAAAACGAAUACAUAGAAAACAAGCUCAGCCAUGAGGCGGCGCUGCAUGAACGCGACGAACGAGAAAACGUCAACAAGGCUGGCCAACCGCCAGUGACCUGUGCGAACUCGCGCGCCGCCAGUUCCGAGAAGUCAGAGGGCCCGCGAGAGAGGGGGCCGCAUCAUGCGCUCGAAUUCUACCGCAGCGCGGCCUCGCCUCAGUAGCCAACGGCCGUGAAAGCGCGCCCAACGAGAUAUAGCUAUAUACGACGAUUCGCAGAGCAAAGUCAGAACCGAUAACGAACCCGAGCCCGCGGACACACGCGCCGCCGAGUAUUAAUAGCGAUUAUGUUGAUCGCGGGACGCGCCAGCCCCGAGGAGUGCUGAUUUUCUUUGUGCAGUAUAGCAGCAGUGUUGGAGAGUGAGUGAGAGAACACGUAUAUACACGCAUAUACACACACGCAUACGCGCGCGCCGGGGCGAGUGAUGGAAUUUUCGCAACUGUGAACAAAGUGUGCGCCGAUUGUGAUAGUCGCAGAUCCAGAGAGAGACAAUGCUGGUUCAAUUGUUCGUCGCCCUCCUGACGCUCCUCGAUAACAGCUCGGCUCAAGGAGCCCUGGCGCAAGAUCAGAGGUUACUGGGCAGCAGCGGGAGCAACAGCAUCGGCACCGCGGCAGCCCUCACGGGGACGAAGAAUACCAGCGGCUGGCCGCAAUUCGAGACGAGCGUCGCUCGCAACGUCACGAUCGCCGUCGGCCAGACGGCCUUUCUACACUGCAGGGUCUAUCAGCUCGGCGAUAAAGAGGUCUCGUGGAUGCGAAAGAGGGACAUGCACAUCUUGAGCGCGGGCAUCUUCAUGUACACCUCGGACCUGAGGUUUCAAGUCAUCCAUCCGGACAAGUCCGAGAAUUGGACGCUGCAGAUCAAGUCGCCGCAGCAGCGGGACUCCGGUGUUUACGAAUGCCAGGUCAGCACCGAGCCCAAGAUGUCCCUCAACUACAGCCUCAACGUGGUCGAGGCACGAGCCAGGAUAACGGGCGCCUCGGACAUCAUCGUCAAGACGGGCAGCUCGCUGACGCUGACCUGCGUCAUGUCGCAAGGUCCGCACAACCUCGGCACCGUCAAUUGGUACCGGGGCAGUACGCUCGUUACGACCUCGACGAUAUCGGCGAACGACGUCGACACGGAGCCGAGGAUCGUCGUGGAGACCGAGUGGAGCGAUGCCCUCACCUCCAAAUUGAAGAUCAACCGAAUAAGGUCGACCGACACUGGGAAUUACAGUUGCGUCCCGACGGCCGCGGAGAGAGCGAGCGUCAACGUGCACGUGAUCAACGGCGAGCACCCGGCGGCGAUGCAGCAUGGGAACACAGCCGCGGGCUGGCCAACCUCGCGGACGAUCCUCGUGACCCUCGCCUUCUUCCUCGGCAAGCUGAGAUAAUGUGCGGACCAAGCGCCUCGUGACAAAGCAACCAACACAGUACACACCUAAACGCGCGAUACACGCGGGACACCGAGUGCCAGAGGGAGAGUCAGAGAGAUACACACAGCCACGCUCACACACACACAGACACAUACAUACACACACACACACACACACCUCGUCUCUCCCUCUCCAUAGCCUCGGCGGCAGUGUAUUAGCGAGAGGAAACACGUGAGAGAGAAGCGCCUGUUGUGUGCGUUUGUGUCUGUGUACCUGUAGUCGUAUAUGCACUGUAUGAUGUAAAAAGCGCCCAAGAUGAGCGGCGAGGCGGCGACGAUCUCGUUAAGAGGGACAGCUAGCCGUGUGUGCGAGUGCAAAAGAAAGGGAAAACGAAAGAGGACGAAUCAGAGCCGAAGAACCGUCAUAUAUAAAUAUUAACAGCCGGAGAUAAAAAAUUUGGUCUCUCUUCUCUUAUACAUAUAUUCCUGUGAGUGUAUUCGCCCACGCACAAACCAUCGAUUCGGAGUCAUUGUUAAGUACGGGUAAAUAUCGAGAAAGAGAUAAAGGCAGUCUUCCGCGUCUACAAUUUACCUGGCUCGCUCGCUCCUGCGCUCUUGGGAAUACACACUCGAGGAGCAAGCGAGAGAGAGAAAGAGAGAGAGAGAGAGAGAGAGAGAGAGAGAGAGAGAGAGAGAGAGAGAGAUAGUCGCAAAAGAGAAUAGAGGAAGAAGUGCAAGCGGAAAGUCGGCCCGAGAGAGGGAUGGAAAGUCGCUAUUCCUCGAGAAACGCUCGGAAGAGCUUUAAAUCGAAAGGCAACGACAAAGGACCGAGAGCGAGAGAGGGAGAGAGGCAAAGACGUGACUUUCGGCUCAGUCUUUCCCCUCGUCCUCCCUCUCCCCCUAUAUAUCGCCUCCUUUUUUACAAGAGAGGAUGAGGAUGAAAGAGCGGGAGUUAAGUACUCACACAGCGACAUUCGAAAACGCGAUGCAUAGCGCGCGCAGGAUCCGAAGGAGAGAGAGAGAGAGAGAGAGAGAGAGAGAGAGAGAGAGAGAGAGAGAGUGCGGGUAGAUACGCUUAAAUUAGAGUGUAUAAGAGAAAAAGAGACGGAGAACGUUAAGAUAUAUGUGUAUAUAGAACUCGAUCGGGUUGUGAUCAGUCAUGCGGCGAUUCGGGAAAUCUUCCGGCGGUGCUCUUUCUCCCUCCCUCUCUCACUCUCCGUGAAAAGAGAGUCGAAGCUAUAUACGGGAGCAGCGAGAGACACUUCUUUGCAGAUGAGUUUUCAAGUCGCAAAACAGAGAGGAUAAAGUGCGAGUGGUCUUCUAUACCGAUGAUGAACGCGAGCGAGAGAGCGGAGCGGAUCGCCCGGUAUGAAUUAUACAGGAGGAAAAAAGAGUUAUUGGAACGAUCGAGUGCUAGAGAGAGAAUAACAGAAACGAACCCGCAUCGAGAUGUUAUUCAUAGAGAGCUAAGUUCAAGUACAUGUAUACAUACAGAGGAGGGAUUGCUGCGGAAAAAUGCACAAGGAACGACGCUCACCCUUAUACACGCGCAAGAGAGAAUUAUAUAUGCAAACGUGCACGCACGCGAAUGACGAUACACGUACGACAAAAGAUAUAUAGACACUGUAAUGUUGAGCGAGAGACAAUGUGCGGGAGGACACGUCUAUACACACAAACACACACAUUCACAAUGUUUAUGUAAACGAAAACAAAAGAAACGUAGAGAUUUCGAGCGCGAAUGGGAGAGUGCAAUGAUUGCGAUGAUGAUAAUGAUGAUGAUUAUUAUUACUGUGCGACAAAAGUGUGCGACAUACUUAUAUAUGAUAUACAUGAGCGAGAGGUGCGAGAGAGAGAGAGAGAGAGAGAGAAUGAUAUAGAGUGGAUUUUUCUCACGCGACGACGUUAUAAUUAAGGAAGUAAAAUGAUUUUUCGAUGGUACUUCAUUUUUUGUGUUUUAAUUGUCAGUGGCUAAGAAAACAAACUUCGAGAAAUUGUGUACCCCCUGAACCUUUCCAAAAGCGACACUCUUCGACGCCAUCUUGUACAUAAUAUUUUACUCUUGUAAAUAAAAAUCGAUCCUUACGAAA